UUGACGAGGGCCUCAACUUCCCGGCAGUCCUCGAGGUCGUUCCUGGUGGAAAGAUCCACCGGGCACCACCUGCCGGUGCCGGUGCCCCCCUCGAAAGCGUUGGCUCCCCUCUUACGGUCCAGGACGUCGCGAAGGUCGUCGAUGCGGGCGGUCUCGGAGAGACUGGGCCCUGCCCGAUGCCCACCCGUUCCGCCAGACGCGGGGCUCCCUUGGGAAGCGCGGGCGCCCCCCGGUGUUGGGCGUUGGCGAGCAAUUUCCACCUGCCCCGCGAUUUCCUGGAUCCACGGGCGCAUGGGGGACGACUCCUCCAACGGCACCGGCGGGUGUGGGAGGAGGACGCACAUGGUCUGGAGCGCGGCCACCUUGGUGGCCUCGCCAGCGCCCGGCCGACGGCGCGCUGGUUGACGCUCGACGCGCAGGCACGGCUGGGGGGACGCUGAGCCCCCUGCCGCUAGAAGACUGGCUGAGCCGCAACUAUGUCCCAUGCCGAGUGGUUCCCAGCGUGCUGGCGGCGAAGGCCGCUGCCGCCGCUGUGCCUGCGAUCCACGGGAGGGCAUGGUUGAUGAUGAUGCAGCAAAUAUUUGGUCAAGCAUUUGGAUUUAGCUGUGGUGUUCAAACAUAUCAAUCCCCUGUCCCUGCAGAAGUAGGAUACAAUCAAUCCACUGCAGCUGAGACUAGCCACUGGACAAUGGGUGCGAAUCACGCGACUCAUAAAACUUGAAAAGAUGCUAUUCCAGCUGACAGUUCUACUACUUGAUGUCCUUAAAGGAAUUCUGAUAAUGGAGAGAUAGACUGUUUCUCAACCAUGGCAAGUACACCAAUUUUAACAGUGAAGACCCUUCAUAUCAAUUCAGCGAUUCUUGCUGCAAGAAGUCGUUUCUUUCUAAAGCUUUUCUCAAAUGGCAUGAAUGAAUCUGAUCAGACGCAUCCAAGAAUCAGGAUUGCUGAUUCAGAGGAAAAAGCCUUUAUGGAGCUUUUAAGCUUCAUGUACAGUGGAAAGUUGACAACAAUUGAGCCCACUCUUCUGCUCGACAUCUUAAUGGCUGCCGACAAAUUUGAGGUUCUUUCUUGCAUGAGGUACUGCAGUCAGUUGCUCAGAAGCCUGCCUAUGACCACAGAAUCUGCACUGCUAUACCUCGAUCAUCCAUGCUCCCUUUCAAUGGCUGCUGAAGUUCAGAGUGUGGUAGGUGCAGCCAAGGAAUUCCUUGCCGAGAAAUACAAGAUUUUAGACAAGUUUGAAGAAGUGAUGAACAUCUCUCUUUCUGGAAUCGAGGCGAUCUUUUCGAGCACUGACAUACAAGUAGCAUCUGAAGAUGCGGUAUAUAACUUCUUGCUCGAGUGGGCCCGUGCGCGAUACCUGGAACCGGAGGAAAGACGCGGGAUCUUGAGCAGCCGUUUGCUUCCGCUGGUACGCUUCAGUCAUAUGACAUGUGCCGCUCUUCAGGAGAUCCUAGCAUGCACUGAUGAUGAUAUAGACCGUGAGCAAGUAACCAAGCGCAUCAAUGAGGUCCUCCUCCACAAAGCUUACCCAACCCAGAUGGAAGGUGCUCUUGCAGCAGAUGUAUCAACUCUCGAUUGGCAAUCUGCUGAGCGAACUUACGGGUCCAAACAUGUGAAAGCGGUUGUGUUUGAUCGACCUUGCCCACAGGUUAUAGUUUACAUGGAUCUAACCCGCGACGAGUGCUCCCGAUUCUUCCCAUCAGGAGUUAUAUUGUCGGACUGGUUCCAUCUCGCAGGUCAGAAAUUCUAUCUCAUGGCAGACUGUGUACUGGAUGAGCAGACAGAGUUGUACAGCUUUGGCCUCUGGCUAGGGAUAUAUGGAAAUUCUGUUUCAGGCUCGUCGUGUUUCGAUGUUGAGUUUGCUGCAAGGACAAGAUCGUCAGGAAAAUUCUUGAGCAAGUACGUCGGUAGGCACACAUUCAGCGGGUCUUUGCUGGAGGGAUGUGAUGAUCUUUUUGGAGUUCCAUGGUCGACGUUCAUUGCGGACGACAGCCUCUUCAUCGACGGCGUGCUGCAUCUGAGAGUUGAUCUGACUGCGGUGGAGCAGCCUGAAUUACAGACCUGAUGGUAUUUCACUCAGCAAAGUUAGGGUGUGUCUUGAGCCCUGCAUGUGAUACUGUGAGCUGCUGCAGCAGCCAGGAAGUUUAAUCCCCGGGCAUUGUCCGGGGUAACCUGAAUCAUGUGUUAUUGUUGUUGAUCGGUUGCUACUGCAAGUCAGUAGUAACAUGUGUGUGUGUGUGCGCUGACUGCUGACUUUUGUAUGUUGGUAUCAUACUUUAGAAUUUCAUUUAUGCCUGUGCGAA